CCUCUAUGCAAUAUGGCCGUUGACAAAGAAGGAAGCAAACGAAAGGAGGCGGGUAAAUAUUGCAAAUAAAUUCGAGUUUAGGGUUCCUGGUGGUGGGAAGUGUAAUCUAACAGGAAGAUGGUAUACUAGCAACCUCCUUUCAAUCGGUUCUGCUUCGCAGGUAAAGCCAUGUUCGCGCCGGCCACGAGCAUGUCGCACGGGGACCUGCACGGCGCGGCGCACGUGACACAGGCGGAGGCGAGCAGCGCGGGACGCGGCGCGCCGCACGGUGCGCCCGCCUACGUGACAGCGGCAACCCACUCUGCACCGGAGGAGGAGAGCAUCGCCAUGCUGUCCCAGAUGCUGCAGAACGAGGCGCAGCGCCACCAGCGCGAACAGCGCGUCACCUACGCGCCGGCCGCCGGCGUCUCGGCCAAGCCCGUCACCUCCAGCGCCGACAUGAUGUCUGAGCUGAUGGACGGCUCGGCGGCCGGCGGUGGCCCGCGCGUAGACGCCGGCCGCUCGGGCGGUGGCGCCGAGCCGGCGCCCCCCGCCCAGCAGGUGUAUCUCGAGCCGACGGGCGGCGCACCGGCCGGAGCCGCGCCGCGUAUCAGCAUCGACCACCUGCUCGGUCUGCCGGGCUUCAGCGGCCCGAUCGCGCCGCACUUUCUGGCGCCCCGUCCGGCGGUGUUUGUGCCCCACCCGGCGCACCGCGGACAGGCGCCGCCCGCCUCGGUGGCCGGCGUGCCCGUCAGCGCGGCGGCGUCGGCAGCGGCCGCGGCCGCGGUGGCGGCGGCGGCCGGAAAACAGGACGAGGCCGAGAAGGAGAACGGCUGGCAGCGCACCGAGAUCAAGCGCGAGCCGGGCGGCGGGCCGGAGGAGGCUGCGCGCGGCCUGCUGGCGCUCCACAAGCAGCACUACCACAGACUGGGGACGGAGGCAGGACAGCCGGGAGCCGCCGACAGCGACGAAUUCAAAUGUGACCUGUGUGACGUCAGGCUCAAGAGGAAGGCGCACAUGGCCCGCCACCGGCGCAUCCACACCAACGAGCGGCCGCACGUCUGCACCGUCUGCUUCAAGGGAUUCAUCCGGCGCGAGCAUCUGCAGCGGCACCUCAAGAUUCACGGCACCCGGGAGCCCAGCGAGCGCACCCACGUCUGUACCGUCUGCUACAAGGCCUUCAUCCGGAAAGAGCAUCUCCAGAGACACCUCAAGAUCCACGGCACCCGGGAGCCGGGAGAACGCACGCACGUCUGCAACAUCUGCUACAAGGCCUUCAUCAGGCGCGAUUACCUGCAGCGACAUAUGAAGAUUCACGGCACCCGGGAGCCCAGCGAGCGCACCCACGUCUGUACCGUCUGCUACAAGGCCUUCAUCCGGAAAGAGCAUCUCCAGAGACACAUGAAAAUUCACGGCACUCGAGAGCCGGGAGAACGCACGCACGUCUGCAACAUCUGCUACAAGGCGUUCGUCAGGCGCGAUUACCUGCAGCGACACAUGAAGAUUCACGGCACCCGGGAGCCCAGCGAGCGCACCCACGUCUGUACCGUCUGCUACAAGGCCUUCAUCCGGAAAGAGCAUCUCCAGAGACACAUGAAAAUUCACGAGCCCGGGUACGUGCCGGCCUCUGCGCGGCCGCCGCCGGCCGAUCUGGACAGCCGCGAGCGGCCCCACGUCUGCCAGUUCUGCGGCCACUCGUUCCUCCGACGCUACCACCUUCAGCGCCACUUGCACACUCAUGAUCCGCCCCUGGACGAGCCCCAGCCUCGUCAUCCGUGCGACCUCUGUGGCAGCACCUUUCUCCGACGCGAGCACAUGAGACGUCACCGCAAGACACACACCGGCAAGAAGGAGCACGUAUGCUACCUGUGCGGCAAGGCCUUCUUCCGCCGUGAGCACGUGCGCAAACACGUCAUGAGCCACACCAAGAGCGGCUCGGCGGCGCCGACUGGGCGUCCGGAGCGUCAGCCGCCGGCCACAGUGCAGCUGCAGGCUGGGACGGCCACCGCUCAGUCGCUGGGACUGGAGGGUACCGACCUCACUGUCGACUCAGCAGCCGGUGGCGGCCUGGAGCCCCAGCCGGGCCCGUCGCACCACGGCGCCGCGCCGGCCCACCAAGCCCACCACCUGGCUCAGCAGCAGCACCAGCCGCAGAGACGCACACCAUCGGACGUGCCGCGCAACCACGUCUGCACUGAGUGCGGCCGCCGCUUCAGCCGCAAGGAGCACCUCCAGCGCCACGAGACCACCCACUCUGGCACACGUCCGUUCGCCUGUACCACGUGCCACCGCACCUUCAACCGCAAGGAGCAUCUGAAGAAGCACCAGCAGGCGCCCAGCUGCAGCCGCGCUGCCUCCGCCUCCGGGGAGCCGCUCAAACGCGAGUCGGACGAGUCUUCACUGCAGGCGCCGCCGCCGCCGCCGCACGUGCAGCCGCCCACCUCGCUGCUCGGGUUUCAGCCGCAGCUGCCGCAGCACGUACUGCUGCCGCAGCAUAUGCUGGGCGCCGUGAGCACUUCACACGCGCUGGACAUGUCCACCCAGGCCCAGCAGCAGCAGCAACAACAGCAGCAGCAGCCGGCGCACCAGCAGCAGCCGACGGCGGUGUCAUCUGCUGCUGCGGCAGCUGCUGCAGCUGCCCACAUGGCUGCCGUCUCAGCGGGAUGUGAGCAGACGCGGCCCCUGCAGCUGUUGCUGAAGUGAACCGCCCCCGCCCCCGCUGCCCUGAUGUAGGGACGGAGAGAGAGCGGGGAUACGCCUGCAGAGCGGUGACGCGGGGAGAGAGAGAGACCGACCAGUGUCUCGGAGGAGGCACGGACGCAGCGCUGCCUGCCGUGAGACAGUGAGACACGCCGUGCCGAGACAGCAGUGACUCGUGAGCGCGUGUCGUGACUGCCCGGCCGUGUGACCGGGCGGCCAGUGCUGCCAUAUGCCGGGCGGCCAGUGCUGCCAUACGCGGGCGUCGCCGAGCCGCCCGCUCGCCCGUCCUAGUCCGCCGUCGGCGCUAGUCGGCUGCGCCGCCGGACCGCCCGCCCGGAGGGAGGAGCCGGUCGAGUGGGAUCACAGAGUGACGGCUACCGACUACCCACACCCUCUCCCUUAUAUGUGCGACACGCGACCGCGACUCGUCUAAUUCCAGGGUUAGUUUUAUGCAGUGUAACCUGACCGGUGCUGGCAGCCAUGUGACUAACCGGCGGAUGACAGGGGUGGUAGGCUUAGGUGAUCGCGCCGCAGCGCGCCGCGAAAUACGCGAGCUUCUUAGUUUCCGAGUAGUUGUUGGUCGCGGUGGUGCUGCGCGGCUCGACUGCCUGCUUUGUGUCCGGCGGCGCGGGACCGGGGCGUUUUGUGACCUCGCUCUCUAUCGGCCUUCCUUCGGUAGACUUCCGUUAUAAACAGCCUGUCUGCGACGACAAGUUUUUGUUAUUAUCGGCUCGAUAGCUGACAAUGGCCCACGGCCGGCCGCAGCAGGCGCUGAAAGGUGUUUUGCUGCGGCGAGUAAUUUGUGGGAGGGUCGGCGGAACGUUCUUAUUUCAGUUUGGGGUUAUUCGUGACGGCGUGGGAUAAAUGUACCGGAAAGGAACGCUCCGGAACGAUGGGACCUGAGCACUUUCCAGGUCAGGUGUUUAAAAACGGGCUGCUUGUUGUCACGGUUUCCAUAGCAACCUCGCACAGCACCAGCACGCGCUGUUAAUCUCGUUUUUUUUUCCUCUGGCCAUCGAACCAGCCGCUGGUGACCCACUCUGUCUGACGGCUGACACCGAUACCACCACUAUAUGCUCUCUACACUCGUCACCGUCGUCCGCGCGCGGCCCGCCGGCGUCUCUGUGACGGGCCGUGACGUCUCUGUCCGCCGCGUGACGCCCUCGCAGUGCCCGGCCCGGUGUCGGCUCCCACGCGGCGACCCAUUGUCCCUCGUCCUCCUCUCCUCCCUCUGCGUCCGACAGUCGCCUCCAUUGCUGUCCACUCCUUAGAAUUGUCGCCAGUUAGGAGCACCUCGGCCACUGGGCCGCCAUUGUAGCGGCCUCGUUUGUACCGGCGGCCGGCGCGCGCGAAGUGGACAGAUCCGUUAGCGUUAGUGGCUUUUCUGAACGGUGGAGGCGGGCGUGUGUGUGCUUUGGGGUGGGGGGAAUUCGGCGCCGGGCCUUGGCGGCAGUUUGGGCGCUAUGGUGGGCCGUCCGCCGCCCGCCGCCGCCCGCUGCUCUAGUCAACAGACGGCCCCGGAGUGGAGGCCGGGCCCAGUCAGCCGCGUCGCCGGGGGUCGACCACGCGCUGCCGAGCGCCGCGCGCCAGCACAUUUAGUGAUAAGAUCACCCGGCUGCCCGGAGCGUGUGCCUGCCUGUGUGUGUGUGCGCGCGUGCACAUAGUAUUUUGCCUCUCGCCUGUGUGUGCCAGUGUGUGUGCGUGCACCGAGAGGCGCCGGGCGGCCCCGCCCCCGCCCCCGCCCCCGCCCCCGCCGCGGCGCAGACGGCAGUACAAAACUGCGGCGGCCGGGCGGACGGGCGGCGUCACUUGGUGUGUAGUCUGGGCGGGCGCCGCUGUCCGGACCAGUGAACAGGGUGACCGCGCGGGGCAGACACAGGACCGUGUGGUAGGUAGUUUAGCCGCCGACUAGAGGUGCAGGCCCGCCGCGCCGCUCGCCUUUUCUGGUAACGUGUAUCUGACGCGUGUGUGUGUGCCGCCCGGCAGGGUGUUCUGGCUAUCUCUCUGUUUCUCUUGUUUCUGUCCGUUGAGUUUCGUGCGAUUUUUCCUCUCCGGUCGGCCUUUGGUCACGUGACUGAGCUCGGCCAGUGUGUGGGGCCGCACGGUGGUGGUCAUGUGACUUGCGGGGCCGGCCACACAUACACACACAUACACUGACUGUUAGCUGAGUAUUGUCUGUGUACGUAGCGUCUUUGAUUAAACCGUAGAGGAUGUUUUGUCCCGAAAGUUCUGUGAGCUUUAUAUGCCAUGCUGAUAUUUUGUAACUGUGCUGAGUGUUUGAAUAUAGUCACAGCCCAA